AUGAUCGGAGGAAUUAUUUUUGUUGUAAUACUUUCGGUCGUUGUGUACUUUUACAAUAAAGCUUAUAAAAGACCCCACAACUUUCCACCUGGUCCACCGAGCCUUCCAUUAUAUGGCGCGUAUUGGAUUAUAUUGGCGAAAGCGUACAACGACCUAGCAGCUGCUUGCAUCAAGCUUUCAAAAGAAUACAAAUCAAAAAUUCUAGGAUUCUAUUUAGGACCAUUUCCUACUGUCGUUGUCAAUGAUUCCAAACUAAUUAAAGAAGUUCUCAAUCGCGAGGAGUUUGAUGGGCGUAUGGAUAUUAUUAUUGGCCGAUUGCGGUCAUACUGGAAGAAGCUUGGCAUAUUCUUCACUGACGAUUACUUCUGGUACGUGCAAAGGAGGUUCUCACUACGAUACCUUCGUGAUUGUGGCUUCGGUAAACGUGACGACUCACUAGAGUUCACUAUCGCACACGAUGUCAAGGAAAUGCUUGAUAUGGCCUUAAAUGGGCCUAAGUACCCUGCUGAAAAUGAUUUGGUGAAGGGUAAUUUGAUAUAUCUGCCACAUUUCUUCGCGAUUCCAUUCGUAAAUGGAAUGGUACACGUGUAUACUCGAACUUCUUUGCCAAGGCCGGAAUAUCACGUUCUGUGGAAAGUUGCCCGUGGAGCCUUGUUGUUUCAACGCAGCUCCAACGAUUUUGGCGGAGCCCUAUCAAUUACACCAUGGUUGAAGGAUGUUAUGCCGAAAUACAGUGGAUUCAAAGACUUAUUGAACGGAAAUCACGUUUUAUUGGACUUCUUUAAGAAAAUAGUGGAGGAGGCAAUAGAAACACACAAUGAGGCAUAUGAUCGUCAUUUCCUUGAUGUGUACAUUAGAAAAAUGAAGGAGGAAAUAAAACAAGCGGAACGUUCGACGUAUUCAGUUGAACAACUGAUUCUCGUUUGUACGGACUACAUGUUCCCGGCGGCUUCAGCAGUGGAGUCAGUGCUAACGAUGCUCAUUGAGAGAUUAUUGCUGCAACCUGAGCUGCAGGAUAAAAUACACGAGGAGAUCGACCGCGUCGUAGGACGCGACCGACUUCCCACGCUUGAUGAUCGCAGAAAUAUGCCGUUUACAGAGGCCUGCAUCAGAGAACAAAUGAGAUAUGACACUCUAGUACCACUGGGAGUAGCGCAUCGCGCUUUGCACGAUACCAAGAUCAGUAGCUAUGAUGUGCCCGAGGACACGAUGGUCAGCGUGAAUUACGUAGCCCUACACAUGGAUAAGGAGAUAUGGGGUGACCCCGAAAAUUUCCGGCCCGAGCGAUUUAUUGAAAACGGCCAGUUAAAAAUCAGCAAAGACAAAAGUCUACCAUUCGGAGCAGGUAGAAGACUGUGCGCUGGUGAAACAUAUGCGCGGCAGAGCAUGUUCCAAGUGUUCUCAGCAUUUAUGCAAGCGUUUAGAGUAUCGACCGCUGACGGCAAGCCUCUUAAAAAGCCAGCUGAAAGAUUACAGGGAAUUAUAACGACCCUACCCAACUAUUGGGUACGCGUGACUCCCAGACUAAAAAUAUAA